CCUGGGUUUGUGGGACACGGCAGGAAAUGACACGUUCAGACAGAUCCGUCCGAUGUCCUAUCAGCAGGCAGAUGUGGUUCUGAUCUGCUACUCCGUGGCCAACGCCGCCUCCCUCGCCAGCGUCAAGCACAAGUGGCUGGUAGAGGUGCGUGACAACCUUCCCCGUGUCCCGGUGCUGGUGGUGGCCACCCAGACGGACCAGCGUGACUCCGGGCCUCACAGCGCCUCCUGCUCCUCCGCCGCCGAGGGCAAACGCCUCGCUCAGGACAUACGGGCCAAGGGAUACCUGGAGUGCUCGUCGCUAAGCAACCGCGGCGUGCAGCAAGUGUUCGAGUGUGCGGUGAGGACAGCGGUGAACCAGGCCAGGAAACGGACGCGCCCGCGGAUGUUUGAUAUCAACAGCUGCGUGGUGUUUUGACCUCUGAACCU